AUGAUUGAUACAGAGAAAAAUGCAGGAAGUGAAGUAACAUCAGUGUUAUCAAGACAUACAGACGAGUACAACUUGCUGAUUGCUCGUUCCAAUCCAACAUCUCAAUUUACUGAUCAUGGGCACCAAUUAAAGAAAGGGCUUGAUGCCAGACACGUUACCAUGAUUGCUAUUGGUGGUGCUUUGGGUACAGGUUUAUUAAUUGGUACGGGUUCAGCUUUAAGGACUGCGGGGCCAGCAUCGAUUCUUAUUGCGUAUAGUGCAAUUGGGAUGGUUGUGUAUAUGGUUAUGUGCGGAUUGGGUGAAGUCGCAACUUUUGUUCCAUUAGCAGAUGGGUUUACUGGUUAUUGUAAUAGAUAUGUCGAUCCAGCGUUGGGAUUUGCUUGUGGAUACGUCUAUUUAAUCAAAUAUUUGAUUUUACCAGCUAAUCAAUUGGUGGCUGGGUCGUUAACUGUUCAAUAUUGGAUAUCAAAGGAUACAGUAAACCCUGGUGUAUGGAUUACAAUUUUGUUAGUUGUUAUUGUGGCCGUUAAUGUUUUGGGAGUCAGAUUCUUCGGUGAAAUCGAAUUUUGGUUGUCAAGUAUCAAGGUGGUAACAUGUCUUGGUUUAAUUAUACUUUUGUUAGUCAUUGCAUUAGGAGGAGGCCCAACACAUGACAGAUUAGGUUUCAGAUACUGGAAAGACCCUGGUGCUUUCAUACACUACGUGAACGAAGACAAAAACUUAAAUAUCACUGGGGAUAAGGGUAGAUUUGUUGCUUUUAUUGCUGUGCUUGUUUCUGCGGUUUUUGCGUACACAGGUACCGAAUUGUGUGGUAUUACCUUUGCUGAGUGUGCCAGACCUAGAAAGGCUAUUCCAAAUGCUAUCAAAAUGACUCUUUACCGUAUUGUUCUUUUCUAUAUUUUGUCAAUCUUGUUCUUGGGAAUGUGUGUUGCUGCUAAUGAUCCAUUAUUAAUGUCUGCUAGUGGUUCAAAUGCAAGUGCCUCCCCAUUCGUUAUUGCCAUUAAGAACGCCAAAAUUCCCGGUUUAGAUCAUGUUAUCAAUGCUUGUAUCUUGUUAUUUGUUUUAUCUGCCGCUAACUCGGAUAUGUACAUUUGUUCCCGUACUAUUUAUGGGUUAUCUGUUGCUGGUUAUGCACCUAAAUUCUUUUCGAAGACAAAUAAAAUGGGUGUUCCUUAUUUUGGUGUUAUGUUGAGUUUCUUAUUCUGUUUGCUUGCAUUUAUGGCGGUGUCUUCUUCUUCACAGGAAGUCUUCACUUACUUCGUCAACGUGGUCAGUAUUACUGGUUUAAUCACUUGGGCAUGUAUCUUAGUUAUUCACAUCCGUUUUAUGAAAGCAUGUAAAGCACAGGGUUUGAAUAGAAAGAAGGAUUUAGCAUACAGAUCACCAUUACAACCUUAUGGUUCAUACGUCGCAUUAUUCGUUUGCGUUCUUGUUAUUUUCAUCAAAAAUUUUACUGCGUUUUUGGGUGAUUCUUUCACAUACAAGGAGUUUAUAACUGGUUAUAUUGCAUUACCGGUCUUUGUUAUUAUGUAUAUUGGUUUCAAAUUAUACCAUCGCACCAAGACCAUCAAGCCUGAGGAAGUUGAUUUAGAUACUUAUAGAGACGUCGUUGACACAGAGGAACAACAAUUCGCGGACGCAGCAGCAGAGAAGGAAGCUUUAAGACAAGCUCAAGGUAAUCCAAAGGAUAAGGAAUGGUACUACGAUACUUUCAUUGGCUGGUUGUUCUAA